AGACUAGUGAAGUCAUCUUGCCUCAUCUGCUCCUUUUAAGCCGCCACUUUUGAGAGGGAGGUCCCUGCGAAGCAUAUACAAACACUCAGUUAAGCAUCCACACUCACCCCACACGCUGCACUUGUAGCCAGCAGAGACCUAUUCCUUCACACAGGAGUCGGCAUGGCUAACAAAGGUCCAUCCUAUGGCAUGAGCCGGCAGGUUCAGGAUAAGAUCGACAGCAAGUAUGACCCUGAGCUGGAGCAGAUCCUGGUGGAGUGGAUCAGCCGUCAGUGUGGCUCUGGCGUGGGAAGGCCAGAGGCAGGCAAAAUGGGUUUCCAGGCCUGGCUCAAAGAUGGAUGCGUUCUGAGUGAGCUGAUCAACAGCCUGUAUGCCGGAGAGAAACCUGUGAAGAAGAUCCAGAGCUCGCCCAUGGCCUUCAAACAGAUGGAGCAGAUCUCCCAGUUCCUCAACGCUGCCGAGAAGUACGGCGUCACCAAGACUGACAUGUUCCAGACCGUGGACCUCUGGGAAGGUAAGGACAUGGCGGCGGUGCAGAGGACCCUGUCAGCUCUGGGUAGCUUGGCCAUCACUAAGGAUGAAGGCACAUACAACGGAGACCCUAACUGGUUUUUCAAGAAAGCACAGGAGAAUAAGCGAGAGUUCAGCGAAGACCAAAUGAAGGCCGGCAAAAACGUGAUUGGCCUACAGAUGGGGUCCAAUAAGGGAGCCAGUCAGGAGGGCAUGAGCUACGGAAGACCCCGACAGAUCCUGUAAAAUCACUGUGCCAAAAUCUCUUCAGCCCCUUACACCUUUUUAGAGCCUGUAAACAUCUAACUGGUCACUACAAGUACCCUUUCAUCAUAAAACCUUUUCUGCUUUAGAAUUUAGUUACUUUCUAACAAGCACCCCGUACUUCCUUGGUCCCUUAUCCCUUAGGCCUAGGUAUAUUCUUGCACUGGUGACUAUCAGAGCUCACCAUGCUUAGUCCCCCCACUGCAGUCAGGACCAGUGCAACUGAAUGUUUGUCGUCUUAAUAGGAAAUAGUAACCAUUAAAAUGACCAAUGUAUUGCCAAAGUGACCGUGUGCCAAAGUUGAGCUUUUCCUUAUACAGGGUGUAAGAAACGGCACUCAUAUUCCAGAAAACUAACCAGUUUCAUCGGUUUCAACAGUUUUCAUCUCCCACAUCACCUCCCACAAUGCUACGCCUGCUGUAUCAGCGCCAAUAUUUUUGUACAUUGUCUUAUUAAAUAAUGACUUUAAAAUAAA